AUGAAGAGAAGAAGAAUACAAGGAGCAGAGGCGGAGACCACCAUGGACAGCCCUGACUGGACAUCGCUCCCGCUGGAUGUCCUCACGAAGAUUGUCGAAAAGCUUCCCGUCCCUCACCGUGUCUGCUUUCGUGCCACAUGCAAGGAUUGGUGUUCAGCACUCCUACCCGUUGUCAUCCCGUCCCCGUGGCUCCUCUCAGUCGGCAAGAACAGCGAUACCUGCAACUUCUUGUCUCUCCCCACCAGACGCUCCUUCACCUACUCCCUUCUCCCUGAGCUCCACGGCGUGCUGUAUGUGGGCUCUCAAGCUGGUUGGCUAGCAGUCUUCAAUAAAAACCUGGAUGUCAGCCUCAUAAAUCCUCUAACAGCGGCUCGAAUCUGCCUCCCCUCCUUCCUCACCCUACCCAAUUUUGAGCUCGUCGGCGGCAGCUGU